CGAGUUCUACCAGCUGCUGUGCAAAAACAGACGGAGGAACUCGUCGGGCGCAGGGCAUUGAGUGAUAUUACUGGUGCCCAUUAAAGCACUCCCAAGUGAUGGCCUCAGCUUCAAUACCAGCAUUCAAUUCAAACGCCUUGGAAAACAAUUCCUCUAGAAACGCAUCGAGGGAGAACCUUAAAAUGGACUCGUUGUCUGAUGUGUCCUUAUUGCCAGGAGAGGAGAGGGUGAUCGACAAAGAAAUAAUGUACAUCUGUCCGUUCAAUGCUGCCGUAAAAGGGAAAGUCUUCAUCACAAACUACAGACUGUAUUUCCGCAGUGUGGAUGUGGAACCUGUCGUGAUGCUUGACGUGCCAUUAGGAACCAUCAGUCGGGUAGAGAAAAUGGGCGGAGCUUCCAGUCGAGGGGAGAAUUCCUACGGGUUGGACAUCACGUGCAAGGAUAUGAGGAACUUGCGGUUUGCUCUGAAGCAGGAGGGUCACAGCAGAAGAGACAUUUUUGAGAUCCUGUUUCGGCACGCCUUCCCCCUGUCCCACGGCAUGCCACUCUUUGCCUUCCAGAGCCAGGAGAAGUUUCAGGUGAACGGCUGGAACGUGUACGAACCCGUACAGGAGUUCAGACGACAGGGUUUGCCCAAUGACAGGUGGAGGAUCACCUUCGCGAAUGAGCACUAUGAUCUGUGUGACACCUACCCCAACAUCCUGGCGGUCCCCUCCAAGGCAUCCGAUGAAGACCUACGGAGAGUGGCCUCCUUCCGCUCUCGAGGCCGCAUCCCUGUGUUGUCGUGGAUCCACCCAGACAACCAGGCGGUGAUCACGCGCUGCAGCCAGCCCCUGGUGGGCAUGAGCGGUAAGCGCAACAAGGACGACGAGCGCUACCUGGACGUGAUCCGCGACACCAACGGCAGAACCACCAAGCUGACCAUCUACGACGCCCGGCCCAACGUCAACGCCGUGGCCAAUAAGGCGACAGGGGGCGGGUACGAGGGGGAAGACGCCUAUCAGAGCGCAGAGCUGGUGUUCCUGGACAUCCACAACAUCCACGUGAUGAGAGAGUCCCUGAAGAAGCUGAAGGACAUCGUCUAUCCCCAAGUGGAGGAGGCUCAUUGGCUGUCCAGCCUGGAGUCCACACACUGGCUAGAACAUAUCAAGCUGGUGCUGUCGGGGGCGAGUCAGGUGGCGGAGAAGAUCUCGACGGGGAACUCUGUGGUGGUGCACUGCAGCGACGGCUGGGACCGCACCGCCCAGCUGUGCGCCCUGGCCAUGCUGAUGCUGGACAGCCACUACCGCACGCUCUACGGCUUCCAGGUGCUGCUGCAGAAGGAGUGGAUCGGCUUCGGACACAAGUUCUCACAAAGGAUUGGUCACGGCGAUAAAAAUCACGCUGAUGCGGACAGGUCUCCCAUAUUCCUGCAGUUCAUCGACUGUGUGUGGCAGAUGACCAAACAGUUCCCCACAGCGUUCGAGUUUAACGACCGUUUCCUCAUGACCGUGCUGGACCACCUUUACAGCUGCCGCUUCGGGACCUUCCUCUACAACUGCGAGAGCGCCCGCGAUGUUAACGAGGUGAAGCUGAAGACCGUGUCCCUGUGGUCGCUCGUAAACAGCGACCCCAACACCUACAUUAACCCCUUCUACACAGUGGACUCCAGUCGCGUGCUCUACCCCGUGGCUAGCAUGCGCCACCUGGAGCUCUGGGUGAAUUACUACAUCCGGUGGAACCCCCGCAUCCGCCAGCAGGCACAGAGCCCGGUUGAGCAGCGCUAUAAGGAGCUGCUUGCACUGAAGGACCAGUACCUGAAGAAGCUGCAGGACCUCCAGCUGUCUGACUCCACCCCUCACCUGUCCAACAGCUCCUCCCCCUCCCCUGCCCCGCCCCCACAGCGGGUCACACACCUGCACACCACACAGUUCUGACCUGGACACACUCACCCUGCAGGGCCCUGAACACACUCACCCUGCAGGGCCCUGAACACACUCACCCUGCAGGGACCUGAACACACUCACCCUGCAGGGACCUGAACACACUCACCAUUCAACCUGCAGGGUCCUGAACACACUCACCCUGCACACCCCCUUUAACCUGCCAGGCCCUCAACACACUCACCAUUCAACCUGCAGGGUCCUGAACACACUCACCCUGCACACCCCCUUCAACCUGCAGGGCCCUGAACACACACCCCUUUUAACCUGCAGGGCCCUGAACACACUCACCCUGCACACCCCCUUUAACCUGCAGGGCCCUGCACUUUCUGACCCCCUGCACACACCCUUUAACCUGCAGGGCCCUUAACACACACACCCUUUAACCUGCAGGGCCCUUAACACACACACCCUUUAACCUGCAGGGCCCUUAACACACACACCCUUUAACCUGCAGGGCCCUUAACACACACACCCUUUAACCUGCAGGGCCCUUAACACACACACCCUUUAACCUGCAGGGCCCUUAACACACACACCCUUUAACCUGCAGGGCCCCGCUUUGGAACAAUGCGUCACAGCGAUGAUAAUAGUAAUCCAAUGAUGAUCAUGCAAUAAAUCACAGGAAAGCCUUCGCAAAUAAGACCUUUUCAACAACAGAGAAGCCUUAAGAUGAGUAUAUGUGUGUGCGCAUGUGUCUUGUGACUAUAAGAUAACGUCUGUGUGGAUGUGGAAAGUUUUCAUACGAAAGCUAGUUGCUGUUGUAAACUUGACAAAAUGAAACGUGACUGUUUACAGCCUGGAGGCUGGUGUGGAUUGAGUGUGAAUGAGUACUGGUCAGGGCAGUCAGUGUGUUUUAACUGUGUUAGUGAACACAGGGAUUGUGUUUAAUACUGUGUGUGAAUAAGGGAACACAGGGACAAUGUUAAAUACCGUGUUUGAGUUCCAUCUGUUUCAGUUUCUUUGUGUCACACCACCAGCGUGGUAUUUAAAAUGAGUCCCUCUAUAGAGGGGGAGAGGGGGACAGGAGGCAACCAUCCAGGUUUGUGGACUGGCUUCCCCUCUCCACUCAGCUUACUUUGUACAUAUAACAGGUUAAGUGCACACCUUGAAAUGGGUUUCUGCUCACUUGAACUAAGCUCCUUCUUAGGGUUUUAGUGGUUGUGAGAACACCUGGUGCUGCCAUGUUGAACGUUGGAGCUGAAAGUGUAACUUUUCUAAAGAUGUGUAUGAAUGGGAUUGGGACCGGUGGUGUCUCGUAUGAACAGGUGAAUUUGUGUUGAAGGAAUGCGUUGAUCAGGUGUGCCGUUCAGGAGAGCCUUCACUCACGGUUGGCGGAGGGUGCUUUUCACCUGUAGCGAAGGUGACCUGGACGGUGUGGAACAUGCUGCAAGCUUCGUGAGGAAAGAUGAGGAUGAGGAUGAGCGUGAGAAUGACGAGGAGUAAAACCAGCCGGCUCUGGACUGCUGGACCCCGGCCAAUCAGGGCUAUGGGCGGGGGCUGCAGACGGAGUCCCACUUGUGUGCCUUGAACCUCUGAGAUGGCCUUCCGAUGGACGCUUUUUGUCGUAGUUUAUUGCGUUUUUUUUUUUUUUUUUUUUUGUUUCGUUUUUUUAAACAGGGAGGAAUGAUGCCUCCUGCUGCCUGCUUUGGGCUCAGUUCCAGGAGAAAACUCGCUCUCCUCUGUCAGGUGUGUCUCACCCACCGCGGGUUGCCAGGUGUCACUGGUAUAACCACUCCCAUCGGCCUACCUGCUAAUGUGGGGAUUGAGUCGGUAAGGCACUGGGGGAGGGUGUGGGUAAGGGGGUUGGCUGCCUGGAGACCCCUGGCAGUGGGACGCUGACCUCCGCUAAAGGGAGUCAAUGGGGGGGGGGGGGGGAAACACACUGUUGUGUUUGUAGGGAGAAAAAAAUAUUUUUUACAUUGUACAAGUAUAUUAACUGUAAUUUACCUCAGAAAAGCCUAUUUUACUGUUUGAAAAGAUAUUGUUGUAAAAUAUAAUUAUUUUAUUUAGUGUAAAGCUUGACGGUUUUAUAUAAAAGGAAACAGGAUAAAUUUGUUUUUCUUUUUUUUCUUUCUUGAAUGAGCUAUUUCAGUAGCAGAAGUCUGCUUCAUGCCUUUAUUUUUGAUUUUUGGGUUUUUGUUUUUACAGUAUGGGUGGUUCAGUUAUAAGAGGCCAAAUGAGCUACUGUAUCAUGUGUAUUCCAUGAGAAACAGCCCCAUAUCCCAUAAUGCUUUGCAGGGGUCCUGUAAUUCUCCUUGGAGGAAACAUGUUAACCUGAAUUUCUUUUUAUUCAGCAUUCACUCAUAGGACUCUUGGUUUUGUUUCUGUUUUUGGAUAUUUUAUUGUCCUGCCAUACAUAUAAUAUGUACACUGCACUGUUUGUUGGCUAGCUCUUGUUCUGUAAAUAAUUCUGAUUAAAUUAAUUUAAAGAUUUCCUACAUCAAA